GCUAGCCGUUCCACACCCCUCUACGUUCAGCUCAGCUCGAACUGCUGCUUUUCACUGAUCUGCUAUGGCGGCUUCGCUUUUCGCCACCCGGCGCAUGUUAGCUUCUGUCCUCUCUCGUCGCUCCCGCGUCGCGGUCCCUCUCCUCCUCCACCACAACCACGAGCACCAACAACCUGGACUGGACCGGUUCACAGUGCAAACCCGGCUCAGGACAUCGGGUUCGGGUUAUUCCCCCUUGAACGACCCGUCUCCGAACUGGAGCAACCGCCCACCCAAGGAGACGAUUCUCCUAGAUGGAUGCGACUAUGAGCACUGGCUUAUAGUGAUGGAGUUUAAUUCGGACCCUAAGCCCACGGAAGAAGAGAUGAUUGAUGCUUAUGUUAAAACCCUAGCUUCUGUUGUUGGAAGUGAAGAGGAAGCAAAGAAAAAGAUAUAUUCUGUUUGUACAACAACAUAUACUGGGUUUGGUGCUUUAAUCUCUGAAGAGCUAUCAUACAAAGUCAAAGGCCUACCUGGCGUUCUAUGGGUAUUGCCUGAUUCGUAUCUUGAUGUUCCAAAUAAGGAUUAUGGAGGUGAUCUCUUUGUUGAUGGAAAAGUCAUUCAUAGGCCACAAUAUAGGUUCACUGAAAGACAAAAUACGAGGACUAGGCCUCGUCCACGGUACGAUCGACGUCGUGAAACAAUGCCGGUACAAAGGAGAGAGGCGAUACAAAGAGAGACAUGGGCUUCAAACCAGCAAUUGCCAGCAGAGCAACAAACAGCAAAGGCAAGCGCAAAUGUAGCUCAGGGCGUUGGGGGAGGCUACCCUCCAAACGACGGAUUUCAGGGAAACAAUGCGUGAAGGUGCAUCCUAUAUUACCUACAGGACUUGGAACUUGUUUCCUGUCAAGAUUUGGUUGUUGCAUCUUCUUGACGAUCAGUGGUCACUUGUCUGUAUUUGCUUUGCCAAAUGGUUCUCAUUUGGACAGCUGAUAUCUUUACGAGGUUGCAACAUGCAAAUAUGUCUCGUUUCCCUUUAUCCAUGGAAAACUUUUAUAUGCAGAGAGAGUGAAAAAUGUUAAACAAUAUGAACCUUGUUAUAUUAAUAGAGUAAAUAAUUACGGGCUCUCCUUAAGCUUGUUUUGCUA